GUGGUGGAAGACUGAGUAUUAUAGCUCAAGUUGUUAGUAGUCGUCCGCUUUUUAUUGUCAAAUAUGGACUCUUUUUAGCUACAUUUUAGUUGCAUUUGACAAAUGUCCAGUUCAUGCAAGCUUGCAAAACAUGUAAUACUGGCGAAAUUCGAAGAAAUACGAAGCUAUGAUAUUUGUUUUGACCUCUUCCCUCCGCCAGCUAUGUAGGUUGUUAGUAAAUCAAAACAUAAGAUCGUCAAAGGGUAUUGGAUGGUGCUCUGUGCAAGGCCUUCAAGGUACAACUCGCUGCUGUGAAGGUUACGCAGGAGUUCAAUUUCAGGCAGCUCGGUGUUACAGAUGUUUUCCUGGAUGGAGUGGGGUUCGAUGGCUGUUUGGACGGAGUGGAGGUGGUCCCCAAAAGCAGCAAACCCUGGAGGACAUCGCAAAAGGCAUCAGAGAGUGUGAUUACCGGAGGAUAGUGGUGAUGGCUGGAGCUGGAAUCAGCACCCCCAGUGGCAUCCCAGACUUCAGGUCUCCUGGCAGCGGCCUCUAUGACAACCUGCAGCAGUAUGACCUACCGUAUGCAGAAGCUAUAUUUGAGAUUGGCUAUUUCCACCACAACCCCAGGCCUUUCUUUGCCCUGGCUAAAGAACUGUACCCAGGGAACUACCAGCCAAAUGCCGCACACUAUUUGAUCCGGCUCCUGCAGGACAAGGGCCAGUUGCUCAGGAUGUACACGCAGAACAUCGAUGGGCUGGAGCGCAUGGCAGGGAUCCCUCCCAAUAAGCUUGUGGAGGCACAUGGGACAUUUGCCGCUGCCACCUGCACCGUGUGCCGGAAGGAAUACCCUGGGGAGGAGCUACGAGAUGACAUAAUGGCAACCACAGUGCCAAAGUGCAGUACCUGUAAAGGAGUGAUCAAGCCCAACAUUGUGUUCUUUGGUGAGGAGCUCCCCCAGCAGUUCUUCCUGUACCUGACUGACUUCCCAAUGGCUGACUUGCUGAUCGUGAUGGGAACCUCUCUGGAGGUGGAACCCUUUGCCAGCCUGGCAGGAGCAGUGCGGAGCUCUGUGUCGCGCCUCCUCAUCAACAGGGACCUGGUGGGGCCCUUCGCCUGGGGAACACCUCGCUAUAAUGACGUGGCAGAACUGGGCGAUGUGGUGGGUGGGGUACGUAAGCUGACGGAUGCUCUGGGCUGGACUCAGGAACUGGAGGCACUAAUGGCAGCAGACAGUGGAAAGGCGCAGGCUCACAGGAAGAACGAAGAGUGAGGGGUGUGAGACUACCCGGCAGUAUCUAGGCUCAGUUUCCAGUGAGCCUGGCAGCGCCUCCUACACUCAGUGUGGUGCUGGAAACCACAUGUCCAUGUUCAUGGUAGCCAGAUUUGCCUCCAGUGUCUCUUUUUGUGUUGGAUGAACAUGGGUCAGCUGAUCCAGAGGCCACACAAAGCCUGUGAUUUAAAUGUAUGAGCUGCUCUCCUCACAACUUAGAGGAAGGGUCUGUGUUGACCCCCUUCAUGCAGAAGCAUGCUUGUAGAAACCUACAUUUUAAACGUACUUACUUACAAUGGUACUGUACGCUUAAAACAUAUACAGGGGAAAAAAUUACAUAUAUAUGUCUGUUUAGAAGAUGUAAUGUUACGUUCAUUAAAGAGUAGAUGUACAGUAUCUGUGCUGAAUAAAUUUGGUGAUUCAGAUGGGGUUUAUUUUACACACACUAACAAUAGAAAUAAAGACAGACAAGACAGAUGGCUUUUAAAAAAAUAAUCUUAGAUUAAACAUUCCCUGUAAAUUAUAAAUAAGACAAAUUUGUCCUUUUUACCUCCUCCCCUUUAAAGUGGCAAUCUGUCUGGAGUGGUGCAGCGUCCAUGUUUGAAAAUAGCACACAGAGCUUGUGCUUCAUCCCUCGUGACCGUUUGUUCUGAUGCUGAAAUGGUUAUGGCAGCAGACAACAGCAGAGCUAUCUUAAGAGGGGAUUAAAUCAGGAGUGUUCAUGGGUGUGACAGAUCAGUCUUUCCACAGUCACCUGAAAAAUGCUUAGAUCCCUCUGUUGGUGUUUUUGUCUUCUCCUGGUUUGUAAAAACAACACAUGGUUCCAUAGGUCUCAAUGUUUACUAAA